UAUGACCUUUGCCUUGGAAGCAUGUGGGUUGAAACUUAAAUGUUGCAUCGACGAAAUCAGGUGUAAUAUUUAAGAAGACUUUGAGUUUUUACUUAUAAUUUUAAUGGUGCAUGUAGAAGCAAACCUGCUGGUGGAAGGGACAGGGGCACAGGUGCAAACAAGAUUUCUAUAGGCAGUUACCAUAUAAAAAGUCAUUAUGUGGAAGUGGAAUUUGGGUGUGAGCCACCAUGUAGGCUCAUUUUCCCAUGGGAUGAUCCAGCAGAAAAUAAGCAAUAAGGUCCAUUACAGACAGUUUGGAAUUUUACUGAACAGUUUGUCUUCCUGCUGCCAUGUACAAGGUUCUGCAAAUAGCAGGCAGAGUUGUCUAAGAUUAACCUCAUGGCAUGCCAUGUGUGCUGUACAAUUCUCUAAUGCUGGCAUGAGAUCUCACCUGGCAUGCUACAGCAGCAGUGCCAAGAAGUCAAUGCAUCCGGAUGUGAUAACAGCACUUUGUGAGUAUGAAGAUAGGACAGCAAUCCAGGAUGUCCAUGGAGAACACACCUAUCUGAACUUGUACAACAGGAGUCUUGCUCUCCAAUCAAAAAUUUUAAAAACCACCAGUAACAGGAGUUUGAAAGAAGCCAGGGUUGCAUUUCUGUGCCCCAAUGACAUAUCUUAUGUAGUGACCUUGUAUGCAAUCUGGCUGUCAGGUGGAGUCGCUGUGCCUCUUUCCAAGACACACCCAGCCCCUGAGCUGGAGUAUUUUAUCCAAGACUCUGAAAGCUCUCUUGUUAUCACAACAGAAGCACUGGAGGACAAGAUUAAGCCAGUCGCUGAACAAUAUUCUAUUUCUUGUUUAACAUUAGAAGAUGGGGAUUUUUUAGGUGAAACGGAACCUGAUAUAAAAAAGAAGGGUUUGGUCAAGAAAGAUAUACUCAGGAGGAGAGCUUUAAUGAUAUACACAAGUGGUACUACAGGUAGACCAAAGGGAGUCGUCCAUACAUUUGGUAGCCUCCACUCUCAGAUGAAAGACAUGAUACGGGCUUGGGAAUGGACAGAAAACGACUGCGUGUUACACGUGCUACCCCUCCAUCACGUGCAUGGAAUCGUCAACGUCCUCAUGACACCACUUUUCUGUGGAGCAACUUGCUACAUGCUGCCUGAGUUUAAUGCCAGAAAUGUUUGGAAGUGCCUCAUGAGCUCGGUGCCCAUUGGAGGCAAUCGUGUCAACAUGUUUAUGGCAGUACCCACCAUAUAUGCCAAGCUGAUAGAGGAGUAUGAAGAAGCAGAUUAUAGCAGUUUCAUAACGGAUGCCAUUAAAACUGUGUGUUCCUCCUGUAUAAGGCUGAUGGUCAGUGGGUCAGCAGCUCUGCCCCAGCCAGUCAUGGACAGGUGGACAGAGAUCACUGGACAUGUUCUACUGGAGAGGUACGGGAUGACAGAGACAGGCAUGGCCCUGACCAAUCCACUGCAUGGGGAGAGGAAGCCGGGAGCCGUUGGCACCCCUUUCCCCAGUGUGAAGGCCAGACUAGUCAAAUUGAAUGAGGAUGAGCCAUCAGGGUACGAUGUCUUGGUGGAAGGGGUCAAGGUGCUACCUGCUGGGAAACGUGAAGUGUCAAAUGUGAGUGCUGAUGGAAAGGAAGGCCUUCAGGGAGAGCUCCAAAUCAAGGGAUCGAGUCUGUUCAAAGAAUAUUGGAAUAAGCCAGAGGAAACUGCCAAAGAGUUUACCCAAGACGGCUGGUUUAAAACAGGAGACACUGCAUGUUUUAGAGAUGGUGUUUAUAAAAUCAUGGGAAGAACUUCUGUAGAUAUCAUCAAGAGUGGUGGCUAUAAGAUCAGUGCUCUUGAUGUAGAGCGCCAUCUAUUGAAACAUCCACUCAUCACAGACGUUGCUGUUCUUGGCCUGCCAGACAUGACAUGGGGAGAGAAAGUAGCAGCAGUCAUUGUUGUCAAGGAAAAAUGUGAUUUGGAUCUCCAGACUCUGAAGAGCUGGGCCCGCAAGGAGAUGCCGCCAUAUCAGAUUCCAACUGUUGUGGAGUUUAUGGACAAAAUGCCAAGGAAUGCAAUGGGAAAAGUGAACAAGAAGGACUUGAUGAAGGAGGUUUUUAUAGACAGACAAAGUGAUUAAAGUGCAGUUCACAAACCUUCGGAAUAUAUUCUUUUUAAAAUUAUGCCUUUUAAGUGAAGUUUGGUUUCUCACAAAAUAAUUGGCAUUUUCAUAUUGUGAGUUUGAAUUCCCAUGGGUAUUAAGCCCUGUGUUAGUUACAUAUUUUAAUGUCCACUAUAGCAGUAUAAGGAACUUUAAAAUUAGUGCGGAUUAUGCUAUUAAGCAUUACACAAUAUUGCACCAAAAUAUUUUGUGCACUUUCAUCGUAAACCAUAUAAAUUGAAGACUAAUGACCUGCAAACAUACAAAUCUAAAAGUAAACAGAGGUGCAAACUUGCUAAUCAGUUCCCUUGUGCUUUCAGUAGACUGUUUAGUAAUAAAUAGUUCAGUGAUGCAGUUGGUGCAGAAAAGAUCACAAGUUGCAAUUUUGAAAACAAAUUAAAAUGAAAUUAAUUCUGAGGUCAAUUUUAUUUAUUGGUUGACAUUUUUGUACUAUUUUUUUCACAGUUUUCUAAAUGCUAAGAUAUUUUUAAGAAGAAUUGCAUGUCAGCCUUUUCAACUUUUUCAGCAUCUUAAUUUAUCCUGAAAAAAAAAAACUGGAGCCGUUUUCCAUCCUUAGUUACAUCUAUUUUGUGCCGAGUUCAUUGAUCUAAUUACAUAGUCAUACAUAUGAAACAGCUCUAUGACUUAAACAUUUUAUGGUAAUGUAAUGGUUAAUACUUUUACCUUAUCGAUUUUUUUAAAGAUGAGAAUAAAUUCUCUCAAUUA